UGACGGCGAAACUAUGUCCAAAAAUACGCCGUGAAUGUGGCGUGUGUUGUUUGGAUUUUAGCUAUUCGUAAAUAAAAAUGCUUUCUCUCGACUGCUAAUUAUAGUUAUAAGUGAAAAAUAAGUGGACAAAUCCUUCUACUUAACACGGGGCCUCACAUGUAAGGCAAAUUUUGGUCAUAAGAAGUGAUCUAAUUUUGGUAUUUUGUCAUAUGUUGCACGCCUGCCUUGGGGUCUCGGAAAAGGACAAAAAAAAUAAUCAAAAAUUCUGAUGCUACAGUGAUAAUGCAAAAUAGACAGCAGCAGUCUCCUGGCCCGUCGCCGCGGUGCCUGCACCCCAGGCGGCGCCUCGCGGGGGCAGUGUGGCUCAACUGAACUAUGCCAGUGCACACAAUGCUUAGAUGCAAAGACUAUAAGAGUUGAAACUACAUUACAACACAAUGAGUCACAAUCUGGCGGGAAUGCCACCAUACAGGCUCCCGGGGCCCGGCCUCGGGCCACCAGACUUCAAGCCACCCAUGGACAACCCCACCCCUCCCGCACCAGCACCAAGCAACCCCAAGAAGAGGCGGAAAACUUCAAAUGCAAACAAUGCCAUUACUCCGCAGCCGCCACCAACAGCUCAAGACCUCCUACCUCCCCCACUCACAGGCUAUGGGGAUACUAUUGUAGCCUCAAACCCUUUUGAUGAUUCUCCAUCAACAGUUUCACACAAUGGGCCUAUGAUGAGUCAGAAUGGGCCUAUGAUGGGCCAAAACGGCCCAAUGGGCAUGAUGGGACCAAUGCACGGUAUGGGAGGCCCUCCAAUGAGGCACAUGAGUCCCUUACCCCACAGUAUGAGCCCUAUGAAUCAACAGAUGCCUUCAAGAGGUGGGAUAAGUCCUAUGGGGAACAUGAGUCCGAUGGGCCAUAUGGGUGGAAUGUCCCCAAUGGGAGGGCCUAACAUGGGAAUGAGCAACCACAACAUGGGCCCGGGCAUGGGACCCUCAAGAUCUAUGGGCAGCCCCAUGAGUCCAAUGAACUCAAUGCCAAUGGGCUCACCGAUGUCCUCCGGGCCAAUGGGAAGUCCAAUGAACAUGGGAUCAAUGGCUGGAAGCCACAUGAGUAACAGUCCUAUGGGCCCCCCAAUGCAUAGUCCUCUUGGUGCUCAAUCAAUGAACGGGCCAAUGAAUGGUCCUAUGGGAGGAGGCGGCCCGGGUAUGAAUGUUCCUCGAAUGAAUGGUCCUAUGGGGCCUAGUUGUUCAAAUGGCUCAAUGGGGCCCAAUAGUUCUAUGAUGUCAUCUAAUCCAAUGCAAAAUAGUGGAAUGGGGCCUGGUCACUGCAGCCCUAUGAGGCAUGGAAGCCCUAUGGGAUCUGGAAUGGGAGGUGGCCCUAUGGGUGGUAAUGGUCCUAUGUCAUCAAUGGGUCCUGGGCCACCGUACAGUGGUGGCCACAUGGGACAUGGAGGUCCCAUGGGGAUGGGUGGAGGUGGUUCAAUGGGCAUGGGACCAGGGCCUGGUAACAUGGGCAACUGUGGACCUAUGGGAGGCAUGAGUGGCAUGAACAUGGGAGGACCCGGAGGACAGAAUGUGGGCCCUAUGGGUCAAGGAAUGGGCAUGUUUGGCCCCAAGCCUAUGCCAGUGAGUGCUGGUAAGGUUUACCCUCCUGACCAGCCCAUGGUAUUCAACCCUCAGAACCCAAAUGCACCGCCAAUAUACCCAUGUGGAGUAUGCCACAAGGAGGUACAUGACAAUGAUCAAGCCAUCCUGUGUGAAUCCGGCUGCAACUUCUGGUUUCAUAGGGGCUGCACGGGUCUGACGGAGCCGGCGUUCCAGCUGCUGACGGCGGAGGUGUACGCCGAGUGGGUCUGUGACAAGUGCCUACACUCUAAAAACAUACCUCUGGUGAAAUUCAAGCCAUAGCGACUCGCUACACCCCCCUCCCCACACCCAAUACCUCCCCUCUGAUCCCAUCCUACAUCACAACUAUUUAUUACAUCGCUGCUAUUGUAUGCACGCGAGUUGUUGGCAGUUAUGCAAGCCAGACAUGGACACUAAUGCAGUGACACUACUCAUAGUUCGGACUUGUGUGAUAGUUGUACGUGUGAUGCACAAACAAUGAACUUGGGCAUAAGACUAUAAAUGUAUGAAAUCUAUAUUGUUAAGGAUCUCAUUUGCGUAGUUGCUAUUUCUAUUUUGUGACUGCUUUGUCAGUGAUGGAGUGUGGAACCAUAGAUGAAAGAAAUUAUGACUUGAGAUUCUAGGGUUACUACUAAGGUUACAUCUACUACCCAUUUUAGACGAUUUAAUUGUAACUGCACAAAAGGUGCUAACUUUAUUAUUGUCUAUGAAAUGUUUAGCUUGAGUCUGUUUAUUAUUUGUAUUGCUUUGUGUCCACUAAGCACAAAAUGCUUUGUUAGAUAUUUAAUGGUUCAGCAGCUAAAUGUACGAGUACAAUCAACUUGUGAUGACUUGUCUGCUGCUUAAAUGUUAGUUACGAAAUUUCAUAUCUAAGAAAAGCAAUUCAAUGUAUCAGAAGUGUAGUUAGUGAAAUAUCUUGCAAAUGUAACUGAAGCAAUAUGAGGUUGGGUGCCCAAGUCCUUUACUCUUGUGUGUUGCUAUAGUCCUGUGCAUAGUGUAAAUAUAUAAUGUAAAAUUAGUUUUAAACGUUUUCCGCCUUAUUAAUAAUGGUGCCCUACAUGUGAGCGUUCAAACUAUUUUGUUGGGAUACCAUUCUCGACAAGGCCUAUGGCGUUGUUAAUUGUGCUCGUAGGGUCAAUCGUACUUACUUAAUAUAAGUUUCUUUCAGUGCCCUCUACAGCUUGUAACAUUGCGCUAGUAACUUACAUUGUAAAUAAGAUGAGACGAAUCCAUACGCUUUGUUAAAUUUAAGGGUGUUGCAUGUGUUUGUCAAUUUCUUAAAAACUUUUUGAGAUUUUUUAUUGAAUGACUAGAAUCAUUAUUAUUAAGACGUAUGUAAAUUAAAUUAUCUAGGUGUUAGCAAUUGAGAUUAAUCAAUGACAUUCUCUUCGCUUGUGAAUUGUAAUACCGAGCCCCGAAGUCACCGGGCGAGGUAGGACUUAUGAAAAGAUACAAUGUCUUCCAGGCGCUUAGUGCCUUGGAUGUAAAGUGAACCAUAUUGUUAUCUUUGAGUUGUAGACAUCAUAAUGAUCAAUCCAAUCAAAUCAAUGGUAACCCCUGAAACCAUGUGAUUUUUUAUUUAUUUAUUUGGAAUGGAAUGAAAGAAAAUCGUUGCAUUACCAUAGUGAAUUCAGUGUUCUGUGACUCUGCCACACAAGUAUAAAUAUUAACGUCUCUGUCCGUCUCCACGAGCGAUAUAAUAUCUCAUAACGUGUCUGCACAGUGACAUUAGAGUGGGGAUAUGGUGCAUAUAAAAAAUUGUCCCAUGCCCACGAUUAUUUCGCUCGUUGAGACCGGCCCUUGUAAGACACUUUUUGAAACACAAAAGUUUAUUAUGUAAUGCAUCAGUUUUUUUUUAUUUAGAUAAAAUUUUAAAUUCAUUGUGUGCAUAUUGAUCAUUUUUAUGUUGACAAGUACCUACUACCUACUUAUAUUUUAUUGGAGAUUUUUAUGGUUUCUGAAUAAUUAAUUUAAUAUUUUCAUUAACAGACACAAGAAAAAAGAGAUCUGAUUAAAUGUAAAACUUCAUAUCUUAUGUUUGAAAUGAAAUUUAAGGUUGUCCUCCUAACAUGGCCUUCAUGAUUAUGUUUGUACUUAGUAUUUCAUGUUUUUGUAGGCAAGUAGAAUGUCUAUUUUAUUUUCAUAAAAUUAGUUUUUAGUCUAGAAAAAAUUGUAUGAUCCGAGUCAUAUUUGAGUCGUCUAGUCGGAAUAGCGACUAACAAAUUUUUACUCUUAUGCAUUGUAGUUGUAAGACUGUACAUGUUAUUUUUAUAAUUUCUACCUGAACCUUAUUUCUAUUUUUUGUAAGGUUUUGUUUUAGGUAACAGUUUUAUUGAUUUAACGUCGCCCAGAAGGACGAAACAAUAACCACAAUAGGGAAAGACAUGAUUUGUUUGUACAUAUAAUUUUAAAUUUUACUAUUGCAGCAGCAUAAACAUAUAAUAUUGUACAGAUACUUGUAAGAUUAAUAAGUAUGUUUCGCCAGAUAAAUGAUUUGUUAGCAUUAGUACUACUCUUGAACAUCACAAUUUGCCGCGGACACACAACUGACUGGAUUUGUAAAUUAUAAUUAAUUUGUAAAUGUUAAUUGCUGUGUACACCCGCACUGCAUAUUGCAAUGCCGCGGUCGUGUGCAUAAGUCUUAAUAUUUUAUAAAGUUCUACAGAAUAACAUCAGUGGUCUUUACUUGUGCAUAGUUUAUUUUGUAUUAUGUGAAUAUUAAUAAUAAAUAACAAGCAAUAAUAAAAUUGUUA